AAGAACAGCUUGGUAAAGCCGCCCUACUCCUACAUCGCUCUCAUCACCAUGGCCAUCCUGCAGAGCCCCAAGAAGCGGCUGACGCUGAGCGAGAUCUGCGAGUUCAUCAGCGGCCGCUUCCCCUACUACCGGGAGAAGUUCCCCGCGUGGCAGAACAGCAUCCGCCACAACCUCUCCCUCAACGAUUGCUUCGUCAAGAUCCCCCGGGAGCCCGGCAACCCGGGCAAGGGCAACUACUGGACGCUGGACCCCGAGUCCGCCGACAUGUUCGACAACGGCAGCUUCCUGCGCCGGAGGAAGCGCUUCAAGCGGCAGCAGCAGCUGCACCCGCCGCACCCCGAGCUGCUGCUGCGGGCCGGGGCCGCCGAUCCCGCCGCCUUCCUGCCAGGCUUCGCCUACGGACCCUACGGCUACAACUACGGCCUGCAGCUGCAGGGCUACCCCCCGGCCCCC